AUGGGUGAAAGAGUAUUGAACGAUGAAAACUCAGCGCCUACUACUCAAGGUAUUUUCGAAACCUCAACAAUUACUACCACUACUUCUUUACCACCAUUUUUCACAACAGUUUCUACAUCCACACAUUCACCAACUUUUGAUCAAGUCAUGAAUCAACCUAUCACUUCUCUCUUUCCAUCUCAAUCUACUGUCCCACCCAAAACGAUGAAUGAUGAUGACACUAAUGAUGGAUUGUAUGGAGCAUCAUUUGCUGAUCUAGAAUUUAAUCCUGAAGAAGAAGACAUUCCAUUUCACAUGUUUAUGUCGGGGAAAUAA